AUGUUAAAUCUACUCAAUAUUCAGUUUGAGAUGACCGAAAGCCAGUUGGAUAAGGUUCAUGAAGGUCAUGGAAUCUUGAAAGAAACCAGAGGUUAUAAGUGGUCAAGCUUUGAACUAACAUUUCAGAUGCACCGAAAUGGAGCAAGAUAUCAAAUAGCAAAAGUGAAUUUCUUAAAGGAGAAUAGUGAAGACCUAACCCAAAGUAUGGGAAUGAUUGUUGUCAUGCAAAUUCUGGAUGACCUUUUUAUAUUAAAACCUAUUAACAAGGAAGAAGUCAGAAAUAUUUGUUGUAAAAAAGUGGAGGAGAGGAUUCUGGAAAGAUGGCAGAGUAGGUCAGAAAAUUCCCAGCUCUCAAGAUUUUCCCCCACAAAAAGUGGAGCAGGACACUUCAAGAAGGGCACAGAAGCAUAUAAUCUUUUCCUUAAGAAUUUGUAGAAAUGGAACUAUUCUCUGUCUCAGGAUUUUCAUGGGCAAAGUCUCCUCCAACAGGCAUCAGAAAAAAACUUAGAGGCAUUGGCCCAGGAUCUAAAGGAAUAUUGUACACCAUCCUUCUGGAACUUCCAUCCCUUGGAUGACAUCAAUAUCAUCUUUAAUUUGAAAAGCACUUUUGCAGAAUUCAUCCUCUGGAGGAAGGAUGGAUGGCAUUACCAAAAGGAACAGCUUACUUUACAUACUCUUCUAGAAACCUUUCAAAACCCUUAUAUCGUAGAAGGAGAAUCUGGGAAAGGGAAAUUUGCAUUUCUCAAAAGGAUUACUAUGCUGUGGGCCUCAGGAACGUGCCUGAUUCUGGCCAAGUUCAAGUUUGUUUUCUUCUUAUGGCUAAGCAGAGCCCAAGGAGGGCUUUUUGAAAGCCUACAUGACCAGCUCCUGGGAGUGCCAGACACACUCAGAAAGAAAAGCUUUAUAUUUGCCCUGAUGAAACUAAGGCAUAGAGUUCUUUUCCUGUUGGAUGGUUAUAACGAAUUCAAACUCCACAGCUGCCCAGACAUAGAAGCCCCGAUUAAGGAAAAUAACUGAUUCAAGUACGCAGUCGUUGUCACUACAAUAGUGUAUGUGAAACUUGUGAGGCUCUUUGGAGCUCUGAUUACUGAAGUGGGGAAUAUGGCUGAAGAUAGUGCCCAGGCUCUCGUCCUGAAAAUCUUGAUGAAAGAUCUGGCAGAGGGUCUGCUGCUUGGGUUCAAGAUGUCCCUGUUCCUGAAGAACCUGAUGAAGAACCCUCUCUUUGUGGUGAUCAUCUGUACAAAUCAAAUGGGGGAAAACAAAUUCCACCCAAAUACUGACUGCCCUUUUCCACAUCUGCUAGUGCAGAAAAACAAGCGCAAGAGAAAACGUAUGGUGACCUUGACCAUCAGUGCAGAUGAUGAUGUCCUGUUGACUGCUGGGCUACAUUGUAAAUACACAACUCAGAGACUGAGGCCGAAGUACAACUUCUUUCAUAAGUCAUUGCAGGAGUAAAUAACUGGAUCCCAGCUUAGAAGCCUGUUGACCUUUAGUAAGUCAGAGAAGGUGACCAGAGGGAAAGAUUACCUGUAAAAUAUGUCAGCCACUUUCCACAUCACAACAACCUAGAACUUGCUCCUGUACACAUGUGGGUCUUCGAUGGAGUCCACUAGAAUUGUCAUGAAGCAUCUCAUAGCUAUCUGUUAGCAGGGCAGCCUCCAUACUGUGAUAAAAACCUUGGAAAUGGAGAUUCUUUGCACUCCUUUGCUGCAUUUUGUCAUCAAUCUUUUCCCAGAGGGUAUCUCUAAGUCAGCGCCAAACCAGGAAUUUGUCGUUUUCCUCCCAGGCAAAAGUUUGUAUGCGAAGUCAGGCAGCAUCCCUGAUCGUUUAUUUGACUUCUUUGAAUACUUGUCCAAUUACCUGAGUGGUAUUGAUGAGACCAUGGAAGGUGCAGAAAGGACCUUGUCCACCUAUAUCCCUAGCAGGAUGUUUUCCUUGUUCUUCAACAGGAAGCAGGAGUUCAAGACUCUAGAGGUGUAACUCAAGUAUUUUCAUAAACCAAAUAAAUGAGAUAUGUAUCUGGGAAAGAUCUGCAGCCCUGCCUUCAGUCUUAGCCUGCACAUUAAGAGAAGUGCUAGAAUAGUUGGAAACCUGAGGGCAGUCCUUAAAACCUGUAAGAACAUUCAGUUCCUCCUUGUAGAGUCACCCCUCACCAUGGAAGAUGAGCAGCAAAGCACAUCUCUAAUGGAUCUGCAAAAACUGGGGAUACAAACUCAACAGCUAGGAGGUGGUCUGACUGAUGGGGUAGGUAAUCGAAAGAAUCUUGUGAAACCCAUAUUGGACAAUAUCAAAAUGAAUGAAGAAGAUGCAAGAAAACUAGCUGAAGGGCUGAUGAGCCCGAAGAAAUUGUGUUCUUUGACCCAUUUGUCUGGCAUUGGAGAUGGAAUAGAUUAUGUAAUCAAGUCAGUGUCCUCUGAGUGUUGUGAUCUUGACAAGAUCCAAUUUACUUGA